UUGAUACAAUUCUCUGUGAUUUGUUGAGAUUUCUGACAAGAUACUGCUUAUGAGAUAAGAUUCACCGUGAUAAAAUUGAAAAGUAGAAAAUGUUAACAUGCUUCAACCAUUUUGCUCACAAGUGUCCAAUAUGUGGACAAAGCUGUUCUACUCGAUCCGCAAUGAAGGUCCAUAUAAUGUAUCACACUGGAGAGCGUCCCUUUAAAUGUUUGACGUGUGAGAAAACAUUUUUACAACUAAACAAAGUUAAGAGUCAUUUGUUAAUACACUUUAAAAAGUGUACUAAAUUCUUUAAAUUUCAAAGCCAAAUAAAGGAGCAUACAAAAAUUCAAACGAGGGAGAGACCUUAUAAGUGCACUAUGUGUGAAAAAUCCUUUGCAAGAAAACAAGAUAUAAAGAGACAUUCAUUGGUUCAUACAGGAGAGAGACCUUAUAAGUGUGCUACAUGUGGAAAAUCCUUUAAAACAAUAGGCAAUAUGAAGACACAUGCAUUGGUUCAUACAGGAGAAAGAUCUUACGAGUGUGCUACAUGUGGAAAAUCCUUUAAAACAAUAGGCAAUAUGAAGACACAUUCAUUGGUUCAUACAGGAGAGAAACCUUACGAGUGUGCUACAUGUGGAAAAUCCUUUACACGAAUAGGCAAUAUGAAGACACAUACAUUGGUUCAUACAGGAGAGAGACCUUAUGAGUGUGCUACAUGUGGAAAAUCCUUUAACCAAAUAGGUAGUAUGAAGCUACAUACAUUGGUCCAUACAGGAGAGAGACCUUAUAAGUGCACUAAAUGUGAAAAGGCAUUUACUUCCAAAAGUGAUCUGAAGAAACAUACAUUUGUCCAUACAGCAGAGAGGCCGUAUAAGUGUAAAACAUGUGGAAAAUCCUACAAAUCAUUCGGCAGUUUGAAGCCACAUACAUUAGUCCAUACAGGAGAGAGACCUUACAUGUGUGCUACAUGUGGAAAAACCUUUACAACAAUAGGCAGUAUGAAGACACAUACAUUGGUCCAUACAGGGGAGAGACCUUACAUGUGUGCUACAUGUGGACAAACCUUUACAACAAUAGGCAGUAUGAAGAAACAUACCUUGGUUCAUACAGGAGAGAGACCUUAUAAGUGCACUAAAUGUGAAAAGGCAUUUACUUCCAAAAGUGAUCUGAAGAAACAUACAUUUGUCCAUACAGCAGAGAGACCUUACAUGUGUGCUACAUGUGGAAAAACCUUUACAACAAUAGGCAGUAUGAAGACACAUUUAUUGGUUCAUUCAGGGGAGAGACCUUACUUGUGUGCUACAUGUGGAAAAACCUUUACAACAAUAAGCAAUAUGAAGACACAUACAUUGUUUCAUACAGGGGAGCGCCCUUAUAAGUGCACUAAAUGCGAAACAUCAUUUAUUGUCAAAAGUGAUCUGAAGAAACAUAUUGAAAGUGUUCAUAUAGGAGAGAGGUCCUAUAAGUGUGCUGCAUGUGGAAAAUCCUUUACAACUAAAAGCAGUAUGAAGAAACAUACAUUGAUUCAUACAGGUGAGAGACCUUACGAGUGUGCUACAUGUGGAAAAACCUUUACAACAAUAAGCAAUAUGAAGACACAUUCAUUGGUUCAUACAGGGGAGCUCCGUCAUAAGUGCACUAUAUGUGAAACAUCAUUUACUGUCAAAAUUGAUCUGAAGAAACAUAUUGCAAGUGUUCAUAACUAAAAGCUGUAUGAAGAAACAUAUAAUGGUUCACAGUAGAGAUACCUCAAAAGUGUACCAUAUGUAAAAAAUGUUUUGCAUUCACAAGCUGUAAAAAAAGGAUAUUAAAAAGGUUCAUGUCAAAUAUCUAUAUAAACUAAACUAAACAUGAAUUUAUUAAAGUUGCAUGAGGAAAAUGUAUUAAAAUUGAUACAACAUACAAUGGUUCACAGUAGAGAUACCUCAAAAGUGUACCACAUGUAAAAAAUGAUUUGCAUUCAUAAGCUGUAUAAAAUAGUAUAUUUCGUAC